AAACACUACUAGAACACAGACCAGAGCAUACUCACACUGUGUCACACUGAACAAGAAGAUAUGAAAAAUGAUGUUGCAUGACCUGCUCCACUACCACAGAGAAACGGGAGGAAACACACUCUUACCGAGAAACUUUGAGUCCAAUGAGGUACUGGCUCCACUUCAAAGUCCUUCACCUCCAAGUGACUUUCAAGACAGAUAUGAAGAGUUCGGGGAAUCCUUUCAAUGCUGCAAGCUUCCUGGGGGAACAGAAAGGGAGCGUGGAGGAAUUGUUCUGCCUGUAUUGCCAAAGGGCCAUGGGCCAUCUUAUAUGGUUGUGAGAGGAAAUUAUCAUCUUGGUAGUGAUGUAUUCCCUUGGCCAAGCAGGCUUCCCACUAAGCAGUACUAUGAUGUCACCAUGUUGAAAAAAAGUGAUGUGCGCAUAAAUGAUGAUCUACUUUGUAAGCCACCAAGCAGUUCGGCUAAACCGCUGAGCCUGCCGUUUCCCACCUCUCAUCCCUACCACACACACAUCUCUAAGUAUGCCAUGUUCCCAGACUUCAGACCAAUUGAGGAUCAAGACACUGGGAUCCCUUGCAAGGCUUCUGACGUGGUUGUUCUAAAGUCGACCAAAGGUAGCCCAUACAGGCAUGAAAUUGUCAACAUUCCCUUUGACUCCCUGAGGGAGGCUUUGUGCUGCUCGAGACAGCCUGAAUGCUUGCAACUUCCUAAAGUCUCUGAAGAAAAUCCAUCAAAAACUGUGGCUCCUAAUUCCAUUCUUAGAGAGUUUAAGCUCUCUCAAAGAAAAACCAAUUUGCUACGAAACAUUGAAAGAUCUCAGAGGAUGACAACAUACAAGCUAAACUUCACAGGAAGAGGUCCCAUGAAUCCCCUUAACCUGGAUGACUACUACAUGAAAGCAGUUGGCCAGUUAACUGGAGUACUUGGUACAGAUGUGGAACUUAAAGAAUCCUUCAUGUCUAGUCUCUCACAAACGAGGCCGCUUGAAGGGCGUAUAGCGCGUAAAAUGCAAGGCCGACGUCCCCGUGAAUCUACUCUGCAGGAACAGCAGGCCAAACCGCCUCAGUUAUCCCACCAGAAAUACCAUCUGGAUACAGGGCUGCCAAUAAGCAAACAUCAGAGAAUCACUGAUAGACUGCAAACAGAAGCAUUCUACCAGGGUCAGUUUUCAGGAAGGCCUGAAAUUCAGCCCUUUCCCCGUGAAGAUUUAAAGCAAUGUACAAUAUGGGAGAACCCACCCAGUAAGGCAGUCUUACCACAGGAUGAGAACAGGGAGGAGGGUAAAAUUGUAUUGCAAAAGCUCUGGAACCAAGAAGCAAGUCAGCCUGCAUGGAGACCAGAGGACAGACUGAGAGAUGAGGCAAUGCCCGAGUGUAUCCCUGGCUCUGGGGUUGCUCGACGCCCAACAGUGCUGAUGGAGCUGCAGGAUUCCUUCUCAAAGACAGCAGCACACAAAUGGUUUCAUGAUUCUAUCAACGGAGAGAGAAAAGAUCUCAGAGAUAACAUUAGUGAGGGGAGGAGACAUGAAUUCUAUGGUUUCAAUGCUUUCUAUUUCCAUAACUGAUGCAUUUGUUGGUAUUUUAAAAAUAGUAACAAAUAAAGUACUUCAAUACAACCGGUCUAUUCUUAGUGCUGUUU